GUACAUGUCCAAAGUUCAACCACAAUAUACUAAAAAGGAGAUGUACCAGAUCAUUAAAGGGGGAGAUAUUCGGGUCACAGGGAGAACGGGUGAAUUGAAACUCGUCAGGGGGAAUGCAGCGCGCCAUUAUCUUCCUCAAUGGGUUAGAGAUAGCAGCAGUAGAGGCUAAGCCAGUGGUCGAUAUCAUCUGGGACCAACUCCGGGGCCGCGGAUCGCAGGUCAAUUUCAUUUUGGAAGGCGAUGGACGUGAUAGGGUGAACGCGAUCACUCAACUUGGGACGGUUGGAAGAAGGAUUAUCCGUGACACCGUGAUGAAGGAGGUUGCUGGAGGUUCUGCACCCCAGGCAGAGCCCGAGGCCGGGGUGCCCGAGAAAAUCUAUGGGAAGCCUAGGGAAGAGAAACCUACAGACAAGGUCACUGCUGUUAAGAAAAAGUUCAGGUAUCAAAUCCCGAUCCUAACCAUGCAUGAGAUCAAUGACACCCUUAGCAAAUUGCUAGGAACCAUUGUGUCAGUAUCGUUUCAGACCAUGUUGCAGGCCAACCCCAGGUUGCUCAAAGGGCUUAGGCAACUGUUGACUCAACGACGAGUAGAGAUAGACGAAAACCUCAAAACGCCGGAAGAGGAAAGGGAGGAGGAAGCUCCGCAAGGAGUCGCUAAUCUUCAAUGGAGUCCCGGGGAUUUGGAGGAUCUAGAGAAGGUCUUUGCAAACAUCCGCCUGAGCUUGCCAGACCACGAAGGCGGCGAGGUUAUGAGGGUUCCACCAGGAACAAAGCUCAGUUUUCAUGCGCUGCCAGUAGGAAAGCUGAAAGUGGAGAUCGGAACACAUUACACAGAUGCGCUAGUCGGCGGAGGUGUGGAAAUCACACUCAUACGAAGAGAUUUCGCAACGGUUACCGGCCGAGUAGUUAACAAGGAGGAUCAGAAAGGAAACGUUAGAAAAGCGAAAAUAGAGUUCGGCAACAAAAAUGGCAGUGGGGCAAUCAACAGGCCUAGCGAAGGGGGAGGAGCAGAGCCAAGUCGUGGUCGGAGGACGACAAAGAGAAAAUUGUACAUAGGGUACAUGUCCAAACUUGUAGUAGGCAGGGGGGCGAGAAAACAAGUAUGUAGAGGACCCUCGUCUUUUACAAAAGGGGAAGGGGUAUACAUCUCAUCAGGGAGUGAGAGCGAGGAAGAGAAAGCAGAUAUGGGAGAAAGGGCUCAGACCUCUGACGAGGGAGGGGUCGAGCAAUGCAAGCAGCAUGAGCCUUGGCAAGGGGACAGCGAGGGGGGACAUGGCAUGUGCAACGAGCGAGAAGAUGGGAAGGGGAGAAGGGAAAGCUCGUGUGAAGAACGCAACGGCCAUGACAGUUGUGAGGGGAGGUACCCGGACUUUGAAGAAGGAGAUGGGAGAAGAACAGAGAUUCCUUAUAAGCUGGAUCCAAAAAAACUCACGGGAGGGUUCUGCCCCAUACGGACGGAGGAAGAGGUGAACGAGGAGGAAGAAGUGCAAGAGGUUAUCGAGAUAAGCAGUAGCGAUGAAAGGGAUGAAAUCUCAAGGCCCAGAGAAGAGAGGCGACCUCCGGUACACCAGCCGCGUGAAGAAGCCUUCACAUAGGAAGAUGAUUUUGGAUUGACGCCCUGUCGUUGGUUUCAACAAUGGCUUAGUGUAAUCAAGCACGAUUAGAUUA